CUUUUUACUUGUUUUCAGCUCUUAAGCAGUUGCAGUUCAAGUUAUUUAUCGAAUGUUAUAGCUAACUUCGACCGAGUAGGACCGAGUCUGAGAAGCCCUGAUUUUAGCACUAGUGUUAAUUAGAAAUUUCUUAAUAAAAGAUACCUGGCAUAGUGUAGGGGUAUGUCGGAAUCUUUUUUUUUUUUUUUUUUUUUUGCGCUAUAUAAAAUAAAGAUUGAUUGAUUGAUACAGCGGUUCAUGUUCCUUUGAACACUUUCCAUUUGACGAUAUUUUUUUUUUAAAUUAUUAUUUUUUAAAUUCAACAUCUUGUACAAAAGCACUCCUCUGCUUUCUCGCCUAGCCUCGCGCUGCAACUCGUACGUCGUAAACGCCACACAGCUCGGCAGACACAUCAGGAAGAAGGAACAAACAGCACUGCAAAGAGCUGAAGAACAGUUAGAUAAAGAAAGAUUUGCAGGUUUAGACUGUCAGUGGAGUGUUUCUUCAUUUGGAGAAAGCGUUCGUUUUAUAACUUUUGUGAUUUGUGUACCGUGAUGUCAAGGUCAUCAUGGUAUUUUUAUCUGAUUGUUAUCAGGCCAUGACAGUUUUAUACAGGCUCACCCCUAGCUGCUGACUUCUCUGUUUUCAUUGUUUCCAAAGGUCUGGUUCCACACUCCUGAAGGACAGUAGCAGCUGACGAAGAGACUCCAGCAGGACGGAAAGUAGGGAAGAGGUCAGUCGGGGGAAGGAAGGAUGGAGAACAUUCCCAAGUGCUACUACAACGAGAGCUUGCUGUUCUUCUACAACAGGAGCGCCAAGAACAUCAGCUCUCAGUGGCAGUCCAAGGACUACUUGGUGGUCAGCAUGGGGCUCACGGUGUGCUUCAUCGUCAUGCUGGCCAACAUCCUGGUCAUGGCGGCCAUCAUCAUCAACAAGCGCUUCCACUACCCCAUCUACUACCUGCUGGCCAACCUCGCAGCCGCUGACCUCUUCGCAGGCAUUGCCUACAUGUACCUCAUGUUUCACACGGGCCCAUGGACCAUCAAGCUCCUACCGGACCAGUGGUUCGUACGCCAGGGCUUGCUGGACACCAGCCUCACGGCUUCUGUGGCCAACCUGCUGGCUGUGGCUGUGGAACGCCACCAGACCAUCUUCACCAUGCAGCUCCACAGCAAGAUGACCAACCAGCGUGUCAUCUUCCUGAUUUUGUGCAUCUGGCUGGUUGCGAUCCUGAUGGGCCUCAUCCCCAUCAUGGGCUGGAACUGCCUGUGUGACCUGAAUGGUUGCUCCAGCAUGGCCCCCCUCUACAGCCGCAGCUACCUGAUCUUCUGGGGGGUGCUGAACCUGUUCACCUUUGCCAUCAUGGUGGGGGUCUACACCCACAUCUUCGUGUACGUCAAGAGGAAGACCCUGCGCAUGUCCCAGCAUACCUCCCAUCCCAAGCAGAAGGAAACUGUAGUCAACCUCAUGAAAACUGUCACCAUAAUCCUCGGUGCCUUUGUGAUCUGCUGGACCCCUGGGCUGGUUAUCCUCAUUCUGGAUGGGGUGGACUGCACAAGCUGCAAUGUCCUGCUCUAUGAGAAGUACUUUCUGGUGCUGGCGGAGUGCAACUCUCUGGUCAACCCCAUCAUCUACUCGUACCGCGACAAGGAGAUGCGUAACACGUUCAAGCGCAUCCUGUGCUAUGUGUGCCGGCGCCACCGGUCCUGCGACGACACGCCCGCCGUGGCCUUCUCCGCCCUGCGCUCCGAGAACGGGAACCCCGACUCCCACUCCAACUCCCUGGUGUGAGGGAAAGGCAGGAGCUCGAUCCGGACCUGGGACCUUCGUUUAACACAAAUUGUAAUUGAAUACAAUUUAGAUCUCCGUCCUCCAGAGUGGCUUCGCCUUUUGAAAGUUCGCUCAACAUCAGAGGACUUUCGUUUUGCACCAGGAAGAGGCGCAGCUCUCUCGUACGUCCAUUACAAUACCGUUGUAUUUCCCCAGCGGGCAGAGGGAGCGUUUGCUCACUUCUGCAACCGAAACGAGAGAUUCCGGUUUCGUUUUUUCUUUUCUGCACGACGAAUGCAAUACGUUAUUUGUUUUCGGAAGGUUUUUUUUUUUCUUUUUUUUUUUUUUUUUUUUCCCAGAUUGGGAUUGCACUGGAGACGGUAGACAAAUGGAAAGAGAGGGACGUAGGGGAAUGGUUUGUGUUGUGAGCAGCAUAUCCUCUUACAACAGCGCUGAUGUAAGUCUCAAGAUAAUCACAGCCUAUAGCAGUGGCAGGGAGCCCAGCUAGCUGUACUGUGCCUCAGCUCGUUUCCUGUCUGCAACAGUUAGAGACGUUUUUGUCCAUGAACUGUGUAAAGGACCUCUUGAAAGGAUAGUGUUUCUCAAGGUUAUGUUUUUGCUGUCCUUGUAAAUUGUAUUUAAGAAAAAAAUAAGAUUUAGGAGAAGGAAAUGGGACCACGGCCCAGGCGUCUUGUACAUUAUUUAUAUGCUUUUACAGUGUUGUCAUUUUGAAAGCCAUGCUUUUAUUCACAAGCAUUUGCACAAACCUUCUGCUUUCUUUUUUAGAUUCUUCCAAAACAUUGUUCUAGUCUACUCGUGAAGUAGUUACAAGGAAAUAUCCAACCAGCAAGGCAAACUUUUAAACUUCUCCAGUUUCAUUUCAACUGCAUUGCCAGCAAUAAAAAAAAAUAAAUAAAUAAAUAAACAGGGCAGAGUAGAGGUGCAGUAACCACAUUUUUGUUUUAAAUAUGCAGACGAUGUCUAGCAAUUAUUGUAUAUUUAUUUAUCACAGAUUCCACAUCAGAGACACUUGCACGCUAAACAAUAACUAUAAAUACUGUUGGCUUUACCAAGCACCCCUAUAAAACAAAACUCGCCAAUAAGACACGGCCGCACGAAACAAGCACGGGAGAAAAAUGUAUUGACCUGAGCAAGUGGUUCACAAUGACAGCCCUUUCCAAACACACGGAGGGGCGGGUCUACCUGCAGGCAGUCUGGGUGUGGCAGCACAGACGUGACAAAACUGGAAACCUGGAAGCACAGUCUAAUACAAACGCAGCAGAAUUGUAUCAUGCCUCGAGCCGCGGCGCUUGGGAGCGAUUGAGAGCAGGUUGAGCAACGGGGCAGGAUUUCAUAUAUAUAUAUAAAGAGGUAGCAGCUUUUUUAAUCUUCAAACACUGGACAAAGCAGAGCUGCAUUCAGCCUCUCUUUACUGUAGCAUGGCAGACAUAGAUUUAUCCCCCAGAACUCCUGCACCGAAAUACUCCAUGUGGAUUUCAUUGAAGUCUUAUUCCCCUGAAGCUCAUAAAUUAAAAAUAAAAAAAAAUAAUUAAAAGGAAAGAGAAAUGCAACGGUGAAAUCACUACCUGGCCAGGUAAUUCUUUGAAUGUCACCACAUGGAGGUGCCACUAUACAGGGUAAUCUAUGCAAAGGUGCCAUGAUUAAAUGUGUUUUGCAAAGAGAGAAUCUCUUGCUUGGGAGCAUUUAUUUAAAAUUUUAAAAAAGCCUAAAUGAACUUAAUAAAGCCGCACAGUGUGCUGAUCAACAGAUGGGACUGUGUAAAAAACAGUGCCUACAGAUCUCAAGGUACUAGUGGCAGUGGUUCUCUUAUCGGGGGGGGAAUGCGACAUGUUGGGAAUGUCAGGAUUCCGGAACAUGAUCCGAAGAGGUGUUUGAAACCUGAAUGCAAUGAGAAUCUCUGUAUCAAGGUUACCCAGGAGCACAGGAGUGUGUGUGUUUCUCUGGAGUUGCUCGGAGUGAUUCAACACGAGGGCGCUGGGAUACCAGGGUAGUGCCGAGCCUCGCUGACGGACUGGGGCCGCCUGCGCAGAUACGGAUUGCCAUGUCACGGGCAAGGCUUGUAAUAGACACUGAAAAUAAUAAUACAAAAAAAAAAAAUAAUGCCAGUCAUUGUUUUGUUUUGUUCGUUUUGCUUUCGUUUCUUCCAAAAAAAGCCUUGUUACGGACAAUUGCAGACACUGAACAGCUUAUGAGAGGGGGCUGCAUUGUACUGUGUGUUAUUUGAAGAGGGGGCUGUAAUGUACUGUGUGUUAUUUGCAGAGGGGGCUGUAAUGUUUGCAUUUUGCAAUUGCAUUGCAUAUUUGCAGACGUCAUGCACAUGUAUUUGAUUAAUUUAUAAACCAUGUUACAACGAACGGGAACAUUGACAACAUUUCAAGCAAACGCUUGUUGAGUAUUCAAAUAUAUUUUGCCCCCUCCCCCCGGCUCUAGACUUCAUUGUAGAAGCAGAUUUCAACACAGGGCUCGGCUGCUUUUUAUCCUCGGUCUGAGGAAUGUGUUCCAGAACCCUGCAGUGUUUACGAGAAGCUUGUUGCUUUACCUUCGCUGUGUCCCAUUUUGUCCAUAUAGCAUCUUUUAUUUAUUUUUUCACAAUAAUCCCGAUUUAGUUUUUUAUAUUUUUGUUCAUAAAUCUUAGAUAAAUCAACUUGGGAAUCCUUUCUUGUCAAGUUUUGUUGGGGACAAUUCACCAGCAGAGAGACUCCUAAACACUCUGCGUCCUGCAGCAGUGGUGCUGAUUGAAGUGAAUACAGUGUUGUGGAAACAGCAUUAUAGCAGGUGAGAGUGUAGUCUGGAUACACUGCGAUCCUUAGAGAUUCUGUUGUUCUCCUGGCGAACGCUCCCGAGUAAAUGUUAAGAAGUGCACAGCGCAGUUGAUCUAUGUGAUUAAAAAUGUAAAAAGUCGGCUGUUUCAAACUCUAACACUGCAGUACAGACAGCAGGGGACACAGCAAAGGAAACGUCUGCGGUAAACUUUGCAGGCGGUUUUAUAACCCUUUAGAGAUUGAGGUUUACAGGAGCAGCGCACAUACACUGUCUGUAACUUUUGCUUUUUGUGUUUAGUUUCCUUGUGCAAUAAAAGUCUUUUUCUAUUUUGUA